AAGCGCGGCUUCCUCUGUUGGCUUAACAACAAACUGGCUAAAAAAUGGGAAAUCUCACACGACUGAAAAAACUAAUUAACGAGGAGAUUUCGAAAAGAGGCCCACUGAAGCUUAUAAAAUAUCUUCAGAGGAAAAAGCUACUUAAAAGAAAAAUAAAAUGCAAAGUCUGCCAGCAGAAAAUGGAACUGAAGAAAAGGGUGAACAACGGAGACCAAUAUGCUUGGAUCUGUCGUGGAGCAGCACAUGGUGGACACGUCAAACAAACCUCCGUCAGACACAAGUCACUUUUCAGCCGUUCUAAAGUCUCACUUCAACGUUGGAUGCAAUUUAUCUACAGAUUUUCUCAGGGUCUGCGAUUACGUCAAAUCGACAUGAUAGAUGACACCAUUGCAGGCAGCACAACAACACUUAGUAAAAUGUCCAAAAAAAUAAGGAGGGUAUGUGUGGCUGCAGUUCAAAGAUUGAGACGUCGUACAGGUCAGCAGAUUGGUGGCCGAAGGGAGUUUGUUGUGAUUGAUGAGAGUCACUUUCGUCACAAACGAAAGUAUGGGAGAGGAAGAAUGGCUGGGGGAUGGAAAAGAAGAAAGUGGGUCUUUGGAAUGCUGGGCAUAAAACAUCGAGGGAAAACGAGGCCUAUCUUGCGACUUGUGGAGAAAAGAUCUCGAAGACAUCUUGUUCCUGUGAUUACCCUUCAUAUCCGGAUUGGUUCCUCAGUGAUAAGUGAUGAAUGGCGGGCCUAUCGUGUACUCCCAAAUUUAGGGUAUGAACACCAUACUGUUAACCACAGCAGGUGGUAUGUUGACCCUCAUACAGGUGCCCAUACCCAACAUCUGGAGAGAGCCUGGAGGUCUUACAAGGAGCAAAUCUGGAGACUCAGGGGUAACAGAAAUGAUAGACUACUGUCAGAACACCUUACAGUUAUUGAGUGGAACGAGUAGCUUGCAAAAAAGCACAAAAAUG